ACAGACGGGCUGUCGUCGCACGGCUGCUCCUCCCCUCUGAGCUGGAGCAUGAAGAGUCUGUUUCUUUAAACCGAACAGAUAAGCAAGUGGGAAAAUAAUAAUAAUACAGCCUACUGUUGCCUGGAGACUGAGUAGAGCAUUUUGGAGCCUGUCACCAUGGUGAAACAGAGACGUAUCAGGACACACUCCUGCUGCACAGCUGUUGCGCCUUUUUGUUGCAAAAGAGGACCACUUAAGGUAGGAAACCAUCCCUGCUGAAAGCUUCAAAGUUUUGGUCUAAAAUGUGGGUUUCCCGGUCUUGUCAAUGUGAUUUUAAAUGGCUCAAAAACAAAAACUAACAGUAAGUUAUCGGAGUAUUGUUAGGAAUGAGGAAGCCAGAGUUAGUUUAAACACGUGGUGCAUUUUUCGAGUAGUUUAACAAGACCAGACAUCACCACAUGGUGACAUCUCUUAAUAUCAGCGUCGGCUAUAACAAAAGACAUGCCCAUAGGACAGCUACUGUAACAAAUAGCAGGGUCUACUACAAAAUUAUGUAGGCUAACAAGAUAUCUGUCAGUUUUAGUAUUUUUCUGUCAAGUUCAUUUGUGUAUAAUAAACAAUGGAGAGCCAGUUCAACCUCCACUAGUGUUUAUAUACACACGUUUAUCGCCCCGUACUCAAAACAAUGUUGUUAUUCUCACUGAUGGUGUUUUUAUCCCAUCCACCAAUCCUCACCGCCGAGACUGCUGUAGCUCGUCUGUGAUUGGUCCAUCUUUCAGGCUCUCUCCUCUUUUCCGUCGCCAUGGCGAGAGCUCGUAAAGAUCGUAUAUUGUAAAGAUGAUUCACUUGGCCUCGCAAAGGUCCAGACCAAAAAAAAAAACAAACUACAUAUUUUAAAGAUAUGUUUGAAUGAUUUAUGAUAUUUAUCUAUGUGCCCCUUAUUUAUGUCUAUGUCCCCCUGUUUUUCAAUGUGGUCCAGUGUCUUUGUUUUAUUGUUUGUGUUAAUUGUCUGUUUUUAUCGUUUUUUAAUUUUUAACGUACAGCACUUUGGUCAGCGUUUUGUUGUUGUUUUUUUUGACUUGGAUUGGAUUAAGACAAGAAGUCUUUGUGAUUUCCAGUUUGUGUCUCUGUACAAAAUCAUAUACAUAUAUUACGUUAAUAAACAAUAGCCGAUAACUAAAGCUUGAGUUGAGAAAUUUCACUCAUGGACAAUUUUGGUGACCGCUCUAGAGAAAGCAGUUGUCUACCUUAUAAGGCUAUCUCUCUGCUGAUUUUAUCUUGACAUGUGCUGUCUGAUGAAAAAAUGUCAUCAAAUGCCAAAUGUGUCACUUAUUGUGAAUAUUUGCCACCAAACUGCAUUGUUUUGACAGGAUGUUUUGAAAUGUCACCCUGCUGCAGUGGUUUGUUACCCUACAAAUUACAACAAAAAUGUAUUUAUUUCAUCACUGGAAACAUCAAUUUAGUGCUAAAAUGCAUUUAAAGGUAUUUACGGGCUGGGCUGUUGGUGAAUUUAUGGGAUCUUUCACACACUUUUCCCCAAUCCUUGUCUUUAAUAAUCACAUUUAAUUCUGAUUCCCAUUUCUCUUUAACAUCUCAAGUGUCCCCUGUUAUGAGGGGUUGCAAACAUUAAUGCACCUUUGAUACUGUUUUGAUGCUAUCUUUCUCUAAGACAGAACUCAUCAAUAUUGAUUCUAGUUGGGAUGGUGUUUGUCUUAACAUAUCCCAGAAACUAUCUUAUGUGACAUAAGAUAGUUUCUGAUUUGUAAAUAUUUCUAGUGAUCCUUAUGACUGAGCCCAUAUUUGUCUUUCAGCUUCUUAAAUGACUUAAUAUUACACCCUUCAAAUAGCUGAUGGAUUACAAUGAUCCAUUUCUUUGCCUAGCUCUGGAAAGUCAGGUCCAUCCUAUUCAUUAGAAAAUCCCUGAUACUUACUUUAUUUGUUGCCCACCGACCACACUUUCCAAGUACAUUUCAUCCAAACAUUUUUGAUCUUCAAUUUCUCCCGUUGUUUUGGGUCUAAAAAUGGUAAUGAUUCAAGGGGUGUAUGAGGGCUAGAGCUUUCUUCUAGUUCACGCCAGUUUGAUUGAUUAUUUUGUUUCACCCGCUCUAUUAACCCAGUUAACAGUGAAGCCCAGUCAUAUAUUUUUAGAUUAGGGAGGCUAAGACCACCAGCGGAUUCAGGGUAAGCCAGUACAUUCUGUUUGACCCUUGCUUUCCUUUUUUGCCAUAUAAAUGUAGAUAUCAUUUUGUUCCGCUGGAAUCCAAAUAAGUAAGGACUGAAAGAGGUAUAACAACCUUGAUAAUACAGCCAAAAUCUAAUCACAAGCAUAGCCCCCUAUUGGAGUGUUUAGACAUUGCUACAGAGUUAGACCUCUUUGCUUCCUCCUCCUCUCUGCAGCAGGGGAUCAGAGAGGAUGGAGGAGGAGGAGGAAUAGAGAAGAGGAAAGGCAGACAGUAUGAGCAGAGAGAGUGGGCGGGGAAACAGAGAAAGGAGACAGAGACAGAGCGGUGAGGAGAGGAGAGGAGAGAGGCAUCAUCUCACUGAUGCUGAGUCACAUAACGGAGGGACCACAGACACAACCCAUGAGUCUUUGGGAAUCAUGGAGGAGCUUGAACACACCUGCCCCCAUCCUCGGACGGUAGGGCAUUUGAGUGUGUUUUCAUUGUGUGGUAGUGUGUGAGUGUGUGUGACAGGGAGAGGGAGAGGAAGACAAAGGGUCCUGCUUCCUCCCCUGUUACGAAACAGAUCCCCUAUAGUAGCUAUGUGUCUGCUCAGAAUGCUGAGUGGACACGUUUGAAUGAAGCAGAGGGAUCACACUGUGGAUAAUGUAGCAUGUCCUGCUGAGGGGGACACUGCGGCACUCAGGCAGAGAUCCUCCUUGGUUUCCAUACUGUCUCUUUUGUUUUUGGCUGUCCUGUCUGCCUCCUCCAAUCGCUCCAUCUUUUCUCUUUCAUCUCCUCUUUCCCUCCGAGGUUUCACUGCUGAUGUUUUAUCAUGCCCUGCGUUCUUGUUGGCCUAUAAUCCUGCUUAUGCCAGAUGUUGUUCUCUUGUGCCAGAGAGAGGGCUUUACAGACCGCUCCUCCUGAUAGGCCUGUGAGGUCCCCUGGUCAGUAUGUUUAAGCUUUGCCAUCUGCUCUUUGCUGACUGUUUUGGAAACCACCCCGCUGUUCUCACCAUGCCCAGGGAAUCAUGGGAGAUGAGGUUGUAGUUCUGAAGGCUAUCGAUGAAUCCUACUACAUCUCAGAUGAAGAAUUGUUCAAAAUGUUCAAGCAUUCUUUAAAAAACAGGGGGAGGUCAGGCGAGUAAACAGGUCGUAAUUAUGCACAGUUGUUAGAAACUAAUACCUUUUCGUUAUCCCUCUUGUAUAUCGCUGUAAAUCCUGCUUCAUAGAAAGAAGUUGCAUGAUUAUUGAAAUCCACCUGUCCACACUGCAUAUCUUGUUUCCAGACUUGCUUUAGAUGUCUGUUUUGUAGGUGAUUUGUGAAAUGCAGUUACAGUCAAAUGUGUAGAAGAAGUUGCACCAAAAGCAUAUUGGUGUGUUUUAGUGCAGAUAAGUAGACAUUUUAACCUUGCAGCCCCACUAAGCUACUUUUUUAGGCAGGUCUCAUUAAAUGCAGUAGAGUCAAAGUAUCACAUUGAGUAACAAAUGCGAUGUAUGCAUUUUAACUUACUGAGGUUUAUUUAAGUGAUCGGUAACAAUGUACAAUAACCAUAAUUUAUAAAGGGUAAAUAGUUUAUUAAUGUUUAAUCAUCAUUUAAAAACAGUAUAUCGACCAGUUAUAAAUGGCAUAUAGAUAGUUUAUUAAUGUAAAUUAAUAGUUACUUUACCAUUAACAAGCAUUGAAAUUUUGAUGAAUAAUUUUCAUUAAAUUAUUAAUGGACUAUUUAUUUAAGGUUUAUGUAGGGUUUAAAUAUUGGUUGUAAAACAUCUAGAUUAAAAUGUGUGUCAGUAGCACUCUGUAAUUGGUUAAUAUUUGUUUUUUCUUUAAACCAUCUAUAUGGUUAUUGUAAAGUUGCAACUGAUGUUUGUAAUACUUUGUGAAUGAUCAAUAAGUGGUUUAUAAACCACCUAUAAACAUUACUUGGAUGGUUAUUGUAAAGUUAGAGUUAGGGUUACAUUUUUAAAAUUAUAAAAUUUACAAUUUAUUAAUGGUCUAUGUGCUAUUUAUAAAUGAUAAUUAAACAUUGAUAAACUAUCUGCUUACCAUUUAUAAAUGGUCUGUUUACCAUUUAUAAGUUAUGGUUAUUGUUAAAUGUUACCAAGUGAUCUUGUGGUUUGGGGUCCCAAACAGAGCUGGGAUGCAGGUUUUUAAGUACAUGAGUACCUCCAUAUCAGAGUUCUUUGUACAUGAACAUUUAGUUCUGACCCGCCGACUCUUCACUGCUGCACUAAGGUCACUUGGUCAUAGCUUUUUUUAAAUGGUGACACAAUGUUAUUCGACUUUGUAUCAUGACAUUACUUACAGUUUUAAAAUCAUUCAGUCCUUGGAAUAGCUAUUAACAAUACGUAAUGUCCUUGAGCAGUAAUAAAAAAUAGUCCCUUGAAUACUUUAAACCCAGAUCAAUAGAAUCACUAUUCCUGGAAAAGAAAGUCUGUCUGUCCAAUUUUUAAAUACAUAGCAUCAAAAAGGGAAGCACUGUCUGAGUAUCUAUACAAAUGAUCAGGUUACCUGCCCGUCCUCACCUGUGUCAUGUCAGACUUUGCUUUUGUUGCCGCUCUUUGAGGACGUAUUGACGUCAUUUUCCAGUCUUGUCCUUGGAGACCGAAUGUGUUUCCAUUUUAUCCUCCUCCUCUUGCACUCCCACAUUUUACCGCUCUGUGAAUGAGAUUCAGCGUGUAUUCCCUGUAGUCAACAGAUGGCAGACAAAGACAAAUUUUAAGGCAGGCCCACAGUAUAACGCUUUAACCUUGAUGUGUCUUCUACACUAGCGCUACACUCCAUCUGUCUUAGUUUCCAUGUCUCACAGUGUUGCUGUCUUUUCUCUGUCAACAUCUGCCCAGUUGAUGUGUGAGUUAUUCAAAAAUGAUCACAGUCUUUCCAUCUUCUCACUCUGGAGGUUUUCAGCUAAUUCCUGAGACGGUUUCCUCAACAGAUCGAUAGCUCUGUUCUUGUUUUCUGCCACAUGUUAGCACACAAACAGGCGACACACAAAAAUGUCUGCCCAAACAUUCACACAGCGUGAUCAAUAACACUGAGUGCAGCUCUUUCUCUCUCUAAAUCCAUCGGCUGGAUAUGGAGCAGGCAUCAGCUGUGGUCAAUAUCUUAAUGGAGGUUACUAAAACAGGAACGAGAGGACAGGAGGACUGGGGAUUGGUCUCUGCUCCUUUCUAGCAAUAUCGUUGAAGUUUCUGAAGUGAUUUAAAAAGCUAAUUUUAGACUCCUCUGUUCAGUCGUCCUCUCUGAAUUCGUGCAUUUUUCUUUUUUAAAUCUUUAACUCUGUCUAUUCUUCUCUCAGACUUUGACAGAACCUGCCAUCUUUGCCAGGGAGACCAGUUGUGAAUGUCGCGCCCCUCAUGAAAAACUCACCAUCGCUCAGGCUCGCAGAGGAACCCCAGGUACAGAAGACCUCUUUCAUGUUCUAGAUGUUCAUUAUCAUCUUUAAUCCCUCCUUUCUCCUGCCUCUACUUACUAUUUUUAUGCUUUUCUACUACCUCUGCGAGCACAUUGCCGCAGGCCUUACUGCCUUUUCCAUCACCACAAAUAUUCAUACUACUCCUAAACAAUUUAGCACUGAUGCUAAAUGGGUGCAUCCAGAGAAAGAAAGUAUUAAAGAAGAUGUAAGAAGGUACAAGAAGGAGAUUUUCUAAGUUGAGCCACCCUCUGUUGCUUGGAAAUGGUAAAAGAAAUUGAUCAUGUCACCAAAUAUUUAGGAGAUGGGCAGCAAUUCAUGGAGUCUGUGAAGGUUAGAAGCACAUGGGUGAAGGGGUUAGACAUUUAUUUAAAAAAAAAAACAUUUUUCACUCUUGAAAGUGAAUUUUGUCUGUCUUAAGUUUUUUUUAGAAUUGUGUUCAGACCAUUAAAGAUCAUUUCACAUUUGUUUUACACAUUAAUUGUGGUAUCUAUAAGCUACAACAUGAGGUCAAAAACCUAGCAUAAAAGUCCACCAUUUUAGCUUAGAGGACUAAUAAAGUCAUCAUAGUAGCUCUGGGGUAAGUUGAGCCAUUUGGCCAGGGGAAAGAUGAGCCCGUGCAGUUAUAUUCAACAAUAAUAAAAAGAAUCACAAUAGAUGAAAGGUGAGGGAGGGCUGGGGCGGAGAAUGGGCGGGUAGUAUGGAUAUGGCUGAAUUUACCCCAUACACAGGGUAAGUUGACCUCUUUUUUUUUUUUGUCAUGCUAAAUUAUCAAGACAGUUAUAUUUACACUCAUUCUGUUAGUUUGCAGGGAUGCACAACAUCUUGAAAUAUAAGCAGAUACACUAGUUAGAGACAAAACUAUGAUUGCUUCGAUGUAGUGAUCCAAAAUAUGAAAAAUGGCUCAUCUUACCCCACUCUCCUCAGUACUUAUUUGAGUUUUAUAAGAAGUGUUUGCCAAGCCUAAAGCUUUAGGAUAAUUGCUGCACACUAUAUUUAAAGCAACUAGCUAAAUAAAGAUAACAGCACUGCUUAGUUUUUACAAGGUACAAACUAAAAGGACACAAAUGAAAAAAGAAAGAAAGGGAUAUUCCUACACAGCACUGCAGUUUGCUUUGAUAUUUGCUGUUAUAUUUCUGUGUUCUCAGUGGACCGACCGGUCAGAGUCUACGCAGACGGCAUCUUUGAUCUGUUCCACUCUGGACAUGCACGUGCUCUCAUGCAGGCCAAGAACCUCUUUCCCAACACCUACCUCAUAGUAGGAGGUACAGCAGAGCUCACAUACUGUACUCUGAACACACACACACACAUGCCAGGGCUCAGAUUUGUUUGAUAAGGAUGAGCAUGAUUCUGUGUUUUGUGGGUGUUUCAUGGCCUUUCUCUUCAAUGUGCUUUGAACAGUGUGCAGUGAUGAGCUGACCCAUAAGUACAAGGGUUUCACAGUCAUGACGGAGACUGAACGUUAUGAAGCACUAAGACACUGCCGCUAUGUCGACGAGAUCUUGAGAGACGCACCCUGGACUCUCACACCAGAGUUUCUAGAGAAACACAAGGUUUGUGCAUGUGUGACUGUCAUCAUUCAGAGAAUAAAUUAUAAGAGGACUUCUCUUAUUGACACCAUCCCCAUUUUUGACUUUUGCGUGCUGAGAGCAUGUGUCUGUUUUACCUCACAUUACUGUGCCAGUGCAUUGUCUUCAGCCAUACCAUGUGUGACCUUUGAUUGUUCCUCAGAUCGAUUUUGUGGCUCAUGAUGAUAUCCCAUACUCCUCAGCAGGAAGUGAGGACGUUUAUAAACACAUUAAGGAGGCAGGUCAGUGUGUGAUGAGAUUAAUUCACGCAGCUUCACUUCAAAUAUUCUUUUGAACUGUUUUCUGACUGUGUUUUCCUCUGUGGGUGCACCAGGGAUGUUUGUACCCACACAGCGCACAGAGGGAAUCUCAACAUCUGACUUAAUAACUAGAAUCGUCAGAGACUAUGAUGUCUACGCCCGGCGCAACCUCCAACGUGGUUACACAGCCAAGGAGCUGAACGUCAGCUACAUCAACGUAAGAGCCGUACAUGAACUGUUAACUGUAGUUACCAUUCCCAAAAAAGUCUGAGUCAGUCAAAUAAAUAGCCGCUAUAUCUUGAAAAAAAAUCAUUUAAAAAGCUCCUGUUGUCUUUGGAUGACUGCUGUAAUUUAACAGUAUUUUGUACUGGGUGUGUUUUGUAGAUUUUGCACUUGAAUGUUUUUUUAUAACUCUGACUUUCACUGAAAAACUUAUUUGUAGACAGAUAUAAAGUCAUGCACCAAACAUAUAUAGCUUUUGUAUUAAAUAUUCAACAGGUGUUGAAAGAUACACAUGAUAUGUAGUUGUACUAUGUUUAAACAAGAUUCCUCUAGGGCUGUUAUAUAUUUUGCUAUAGGUACUGUUAUUUAUUGUUUAUGGGGGCUUUUUUACCAUAAUUGAUAGGACAGAUUGUUAAGUUCAAUAGGUAAACCAGCACCCUGAUAUUAGACUCAAAAUCUUACUUUGAUUAAAUAUGCAUUUAUCAUAAAACACAAUCUUAAAACUGGUCUCUUAAACUGCCUUUUUGUAAUGUUUCAUGAUUGAGAUUGACAUUCCAACAAUCCCUUUGCAUCCACGUUUUAAUCCCAUUAGGAGAAGAAGUACCGGCUGCAGAACCAGGUGGACCGGAUGAAGGAGAAGGUCCGUACAGUAGAGGAGAAGAGUAAACAUUUUGUCUACCGUGUGGAGGAGAAGAGCGCAGACCUCAUCCAGAAAUGGGAGGAGAAAUCGAGAGAGUUUAUCGGCAACUUCUUAGAGCUGUUUGGCCCUGAUGGGACUUGGGCAUGUAUCUCUUUAUUUAAAAAAGUACUGUCAUGAUUAAUAGUGAGGGCCUUGUAAUAAGUAUUAUCUAAUAGCCAAUAAUAAGUUAAUAAAGGGAUAAUAACAUGUUAAUUACUGCUUAUAGGACACUGAAAGGCUUCCAUUACAAACUAACAGCUAAUAUAUAUGACUUUGUAUCUCAGUUGUUGCUUUCAUGGACUUGGUAGUGUUGUGUCGUUCGCGAACGAUUCGUUCAAAAGAACCAAAUCUUUUAAGUGAAUGUACUAAACCGAAUCACUUUCUCGAGUGAUUCAUUCGUUUCUCACUUCAGUUGAGCUGGAGUGAGAAACAGCAUUGCCUGUCGAGCAGCCAGUGAACGAGGGACCACAUGCACCAACACCUGAACCACUUGGUGAACGAUUCACGCAUUGAACUACACUCUCUGGAAUCAUUUUUGUCAGACAAAAUGACCUUCUUCUUUUUUUUUAACUGCUACAUUGCCACCACAAUAACUUACAUACAAUAGGGCACAGCAUGUAACAAGUAGUGCAUUAAACCCGCAGCAUCCUAUCAUUGCAGCGGUUUGCGAGGGAACGGUGUAUGUUCAGUUUGAAUUCUUCUAAACAUUCAGUGAACGAAUCACUCACUGAGCCCGAUUUACCAAGCAGACCUGAUAAAUAGCAUAAAAUAGAACAGUACACUUAAAACAUCAUGACUUACAAACAAGUUCAUUUUUAAAACCUGUUUGUCAAAGCAACACAGCCAAACACUCAUGUCUCCCAGUCCCAGAAGCUACGAAUUGAGCUAAAUCCUGAACUGUUCAGCUGUGUAUCAGUUCAGGAGGUCGGAGUCGCAGGCUUCUCCCUCUAAGCGCUACAUGAUUCGGUGAUUUGGUGAACGAAUCUUUCGAACGAAUCUUUUUAGUGAACUGAUGCUAAUGAUUCAGUAGAUCUAAAAGAACUGCCGUGCUCAUCACUAGAACUUGGCUCUUAAUGUUGUUUGUCCAAAUGUCUCCUCUCUGUUCGAUACAGAAACAAGUGUUUCAGGAACGCAGUGGACGGAUGCUCUCCUACGCUCUGUCUCCCAGAGAGUCGCCCUGCAACAGUCCUCCCCGCGAACUGUCCCCCCUGCGCUCCCCCUCCCCUCCAUCUCCCCCGGCUCGCUGGCACAAUGCCCGGCCCUCGCCUCCAACCUCCCCUAAGGGAGCAUCUGCCUCUAUGAGUAGCAUGAGUGAAGGUGAUGAAGAUGAGAAGUAGACUGUUGGACUCACACAUGUACACACACUCUCUCACACACACACACACACACACACACACACACUUCACUCACUGCCUGAGAACUGCUCACACACACACACACAAAUAAAAAUACUUCCCCAAAAAUUAUCAAGACACUGUAACAGUUCUUCUCAAGGAAGCUGCUAAGAUGAAACGCAGAAGAGGAUCAUGGGAAAUGUAGUUUAAUGCUGCAGGGCUAAGAAGCCAUCAACUGUCAACCAAACAGGCAGGAGGAUAGUCGGAGGAUUUGGGUACGCAGUUUUACAUAUCAUCAGACUUCCCAAAAUGCUUUGCAGCACCUUUCAGGAGUAUUUUCUUUGGAUUGUCCAGUACUGACAGACUGUCCUACAUCCUUCUCAUAAUGUCAGCGCUUUGUUUUGUGUCUUUUUCCCUUCUUUUUUGUCUUUGCCAAGUUUUUUUUUACCACUGUGACCAAGAACCACAUGUGAACGGACACAAAGGUAUUUAAAAUGUUUGUAACAGGUCAUGUUGAUGAGCAGGAACUGGACUUACCCACCACUUUUAUCACUCUGUCACUUUGUGCUUGAGGAAAGGAUACUACACAUGCUAGUUUAUCAUAGUUGAAUUGUUGGGCAAUGCCUUCACACCGGUUUGCUCCAAUUGUAGCCAAAAUCAUCAGCCAGGAAAAAAUCAGUGAACCACAAUCUUUGAUCGAGUGGUGCUCAUGUUACAGUUGUAACCGUGUAACUACUAAACGGAUUAAAACUAAUAAUCCAAAAAUGCCAAGGGAAGUAGCAGACCAUUGGGGUUUGAGAUUUUGGCUUCAUUUAAUCUGUAAAACAUCUCUUAGAUCGUCCCAAUAACUUGAUUGUGAUUAUUAGCUUCUUGAAUGUAAACUGAGUCUUCACCCUGAUCUCUGGUGAAAUGCCACAGAUACACAAAUCCUUCACCAUCUAGUAAGCCACAUAAAUACCACAUCUCAUCUCUGAAAUAUUGAUUUCCAUCACAGAAAAAAAGCCACUUUUACACCUUUUCCAUGUUUUAUGAUCAGUGUUGAGUCCAAAUUUUGCUCUUUGGACCAUGUCAGCUGUAAAACAGACCCUACAAACUUGGAGAUAAAGCCUUCCUCCAGGACCCUUAUGAUACUUGAAAUAUGAAAUAAUACAAUAACUGAAGCCCUCCAGAUGUACUGUCAGAUCCACAAAAGCUGGAAUAUCUCAUUUAUGUUUGAUAAGAAGAACUUUAUUUAUCCCUGAAGGGAAAUUCAAUAUUGUUCGAUAUUUGAUUUGCUGUUAUUGAAAAUGUAAGGUAUGAUGUAUUGAUUUCAGGCAUCUCCUCCAUACAAACAAUACAAUGAAUACCCCAAAUGCAAUGUAGAGAGCAUAACCUCAUGUUGAUCUGCACUAUAUGUAAAAAAAAAACUUUGAGAAUGUUUUUCUUUUUUUUAAGUUUUAACCUUUAAAACAGCUUAAUAUGUAAAUAAAUAAACAAUCUGAAACUGGACACAGAUGGAUCACACACA